AUGAAGUUUAUGCCAAAUCGCGACCUUGACACGGUCACCUCCGCGCUCAACUUUACCACCCCCGAUCUCCACGUCGUAGGCGGUUGUGACCUGUACACUACCAAGGCAGCAGGAGGAGACAAGAAACUGUACAAGAACAUUGAAAAUGGCCUCGAAGCCCAAUACAAGUCGAACCUCCAAUUCUCUCAGUCGCUUUCCCCGCCUCAGGCGCAUGUGGCUGCGUCAAGCCUGAAUCUGAGCCGAAGCAGCCCCUUUGGGAACCUAGGGAUGAUCAGCUCGCGGAGGACUUAUGCGUACCUCAUAGCCACACUGAAUGCCAGUCACCCCCACUACGACUUCUCGCACGUCCUGCGCCCCACGGAUUUCAAACGAGAGAAGAGUCUCCGGCACGUCAUGAACACGGUCGACACGACCAUGUAUAAUCUUCGUUCACGGCCCGUCAAUUCCUACCUGAGAGACUCCGCCGGUCCUCCGUCCACUCAACCACAGUGGGGUCCGGCAAUGUGGAGGCUGAUUGACCAACAGAUGAGUCUGCGCGAUUGCGCCGUGUAUCGCUAUGCCCCAGAGGAUUUUGAUCCCUUUGAGGAUGAUGAUGAAGGUUCGAUCUGGUCGAUGAACUAUUUCUUCUUCAACAAAGCGAGGAAGCGCGUUUGUUACCUAUAUUUGCGUGGCAUCAGUGUGUUGGCAGUACCGACCAUUGAUGCGUUGCGGACCCCCAUCAAGUCUAAGCGUUUCGCCGACGAGGAGGUGGAUGGCUGGAUUACUCCCGACCUCGGCGCACACAAACGAGCAAAAUACUGGCUUGGUGAUCGAGAUGAUGUCGAAAUUGCUGAGCACGACGAUCGAGUUGAAGAAGAUGUGGAUAUGGCGGUGACGUCGGUUGAGAAGGAUGAUGGGCCUAUAGCGGCUCCUGUCUCCGUGAGCAAACAGCCAUUGAAGGACAAUGAUUCCCAGUCCGACGAUGAUGACUUCCCGCCCCCAACGAGGCCGGUCGUCGACGAGCAUGACAAUUACCUGCUCAGCGAUGAGGAGGUACGAAGUUUGCGAAGCCAGAGCAAAAGCACGGCGAGGGGGUUGAGUGAAGAGGUGGUGGGCCCUAUGGAAGUGUGA